AUGCGUCUCGUUGCAUUCCUGGGUCUCGGCAUGCAGGCAAUGGUGCUGGCAGCCCCGGCCAUGGCCUCGACGUCGAUGAUGUACAAGGAGGAGGAGUGGACGAUCCACGAUCUCUCUCGGUUUUGUGGCCAUCGCCGCCACCAUGAUUACGAUCAUGGGCACGGCCGUGAUUACGAUGGCGACCAUGGCAAGGGCCGUGGGCACAGACACGGCAAAGAUCAUGGGAGAGGGUAUGAUCAUGGACGCGACGGCCAUCAUGAUGAUGACCGUCACGGGUAUGACAGAGAUCGAAAGGGUCACAAUGGCCACUACGGCGACGAAAGGAAUGGGUAUGGCCCAGACAAGCACAGAGACUCGGGCAAAUCCGGCUACGGACACAGAGACAACAAGCACGACGACGACGAGCGCAGAGGCUACAGCGAAAGCGACGGGGCGUACGGGACGGCCGCGACCGCAAACACCACAGCGGCACUCGACGCCGCGACCAUGCACGGCCACGACCACGACCACGACCACGACCACGACCACGACCACGACAACGACGACUGCCGCUGGUCCUUCACGGUGGUGACGCAGCAGCGCGGCAGGCAGCGCUGCAGCUUCGAGGCGGGCAGGCGGGCGGCGGUGGCCGGGGUCGACUGCGGCGGCCACUUUGUCGUCUCGAGCGGCUGGUCCGGCCAGUUCGGCGAGGGCCGCGGCUUCACCACGCUGUCCGUCAUCGACCGCGCGCGCAGGCUCGUCGUCUGGCCCGCCUACGGCGACUCGCAGCUCGAGGGCGGCCGGGUCGUCAGGCCCGAUCAGAGCUACGUGCCGCAGCGUCUUCCUUGA